GUUUCAUCUUCAGUAGAGCUCGAGCUCAGUGACUGAUACUUACGGACUCUAACACGAUGGAUUACAAACUCCUAAUCAAUUAGUUACCAAUAACACUUUUCAGCAUCAUAUUUUGAUGAACUACUUAUUAACACAUGACAUAUUAACAAUUUUUGUACAUUGUUAUAAGCGCAAUGAUUGGUGCUUUUAACAUUUACAACAAAAUAUAGACUCGCAGUUUAACGUACUUCUGUUGCUGAAAUCUCUUCAAAACAAUGGACUUAAUAUACUGGCAAGUCUUACUUAUAACGACUCCCCUGAGCGUUUUCCAGGUUCGUGGUAACACGGUAUCGCCAUCCAACCAUCCAGGCCUGGAGGUGUUGGCGACAGCUUCACACUAUUGGCCAUUGGAUUCAGUAGAGGGGAUCCAUGGUCUUUCGGAUCAUAUUGGGAACAGAACAGGUCUUGUUAAUGGGACUAACAUAACUGUCAGAAUCCACAACUACACUGUCCUGACUACCCAUAAUUCCUCUUCUGUGUAUACCAAUGACUCCGCCUACACUAACAUUUCCGCCACAGUAGAUAUCGUAGAAGGAAUCGUGAAUAGGGGAAUUUAUCUAAACGGUGACAAGGGGGCCACUUUUCUUCACUUUGGCAACUAUAAAGACUCGUGCAUCAGUGAUCCUUCUCUGUGUGGACCUGAAGGCAUCACUUUCUCUUUCUUCUGGAAAAACGACGAUGUGGUUUCUCGCUUCGCCAUUGCGUCCGGUGGUAAAGUUGUGUCGAGCGGUUUCUCCGUCUACUCCAACCCUUACAGGGGAUACGUGGAGUUUUACACAAGAGGAGACUCGAAGACCUGGAAAGCCAAUAUUAAACUCCCAGGGCCCUACUGGACACACGUGCUCUUCACAUGGACCCAAAAUGACGGGUUGAAGGUGUACAUUAAUGGGACCUUCAGCACAGAAGAUACCAAAGGAAAUACGUCCUUUAACUACGGCGACCAGUAUGCUGACCUUGUGAUUGGCACAGAAAAUACGGGAAAGUACGGACACUACGCCACAGGUGCUUUCGAUGAAUUUGUGAUUUGGGAGAGGGCACUGUCCCCACAGGAUAUCUUACUUUACUACAAAGCAGCCAUUGGUGAUAAAGCGGUUCCCUUACCGACCGAAGCCUCCAUCCAUGUCAGCAGGGAAACAUAUACGAUGACAACGACUGAAAGGUCUCACACCGUCUACUCAGACCUGACAUAUAAAGUUCACAACCUCAUAUGGUCUGAUCCAUUUGAUGUUCUGCAGUCUCUACCAAACAACAGCAUACCUGAAGAAACAGCCAACAAUCUAACACAAUCUUUACUAAACAGCGUGGAUGAGGUGAUAACCUCCUCGGACUGGAAAGAAAAUGAUGAGUGGAGUCCAGUGGUCAGCGGGCUGGUGGAGACAGUGGAUAAGGUGAUGGGAAACAUGGUGUCCAGACUUAAGUCCAGCGCAGACUCGACAGCCCCUCUGUCCAUUGGUGGCCGGAGCUCUGUGGCAGAUUAUUCCCUGAUGAAAAUCCCUCAGAACUACAACAUGCCCAACUACCGGUUCCCCCCACAAGGGAAGAGUUACAUCUCAGUUCCAGGCAAAUCCCUCUCAAUGCAAUCUCAGACCACAAUUGUGGGCCUUUUCUACCACAAGAUGCACAACUAUUACAAUAAAAUCAGCCCUCUUCAAACAAGCAUUAAUGAAGCAGUGGAUUUUAAAGAUCAUAAGAUUCAGAUGGCCAGUCAUCUUAUCUCUCUGAAGGUGGAGCCGUCUCCAGCCCUGUCACUCAACCUGUCCACCGAGCCUCUCAUCAGGAUCGUCCUAACGCACCAGCUGAGUAAAGAGCAACAGCUUCAGGCCUUAAACCAAAGCAACAAAGUGUUCCUCUACUGCGCCUUUCUAGACUACAGCUCAAAAGAGGGUGUGUGGUCCAAUGAGGGAUGUGUGAGAGCUGAUGGAAACCUGUCCUUCUCCGUCUGCUUGUGUAACCAUCUGACCAACUUCGCCAUACUAAUGCAAGUGGUUCCCAUGGAGCUCUCGAAGGCCCAUCAGGUGGCGCUGUCAACCAUUAGCUACAUCGGCUGCUCUAUCUCUAUCUUCUGCUUGGCGAUAACACUGGUCACCUUUGCCGUGCUGUCGUCUGUAAGCACCAUUCGUAACCAGCGGUACCACAUUCACGCCAACCUGGCGUUUGCCAUCCUAGUCGCUCAGAUUCUGCUGCUCAUCAGUUUCCGCUUCAGUCCAGGAAUGCUUCCAUGUAAGAUCAUGGCUGUGCUGCUGCAUUUUUUCUUCCUGUGUGCGUUCGCCUGGAUGCUAGUGGAAGGACUGCAUCUCUACAGCAUGGUGAUCAAGGUGUUCGGCUCUGAGGGCAGCAAGCACUUUUAUUACUAUGCUAUUGGAUGGGGAUCCCCUUUGGUCAUAUGUGUGGUAUCUAUGACAUCAUCACUAAGCAGCUACGGCGAGAUUGGCAAUUGCUGGCUUUCUCUUAAGAAUGGGGCAAUUUGGGCUUUUGUAGCCCCUGCGUUGUUUGUUAUAAUGGUCAACAUUGGCAUCCUGAUAGCAGUGACACGGAUCAUAUCGAGGAUCAGUGCCGAGAACUAUAAGGUUCAUGGAGAUGCCAACUCUGUGAAGCUUACGACCAAAGCCGUCGCUGUACUCCUUCCCAUCUUGGGCAUAUCGUGGAUCUUUGGUGUUCUGGCGGUGAACGACCACUCCUUGCUCUUCCAGUACAUGUUUGCGGUCUUCAACUCGCUACAGGGCUUCUUCAUAUUCCUGUUUCACUGUCUGUUGAACUCUGAGGUGAGAGCUGCUUUCAAACACAAAACCAAAGUGUGGACUUUGACCAGCAGCUCUAUCCGCAACAUCAACGUCAAACCAUUUAACUCAGAUAUUAUGAAUGGCAACAAAGGAGGUGUGACACCCACAAAGAUGAACACAUGGGACAAAAGCACCAACUCAGCCAACCGCAUAGAUUUGUCAGCCGUAUAAGAAUGACAGGUCUUCAUUUCGACUGAUCCAAAGACAGCAAAGGACAACAGAAUAUAAAAGUGUUUCCUGUAACAAACGCUGUUAUUAUGACCCUAUAAUAAGAACAAUCACAUUCUAAAAGGACCUUUAGAAGAAUAAAGGCCAAAACGCAGCUUUCGGUAGAAAUAAACUUGCGACACAAAGUUAUCAAAUGCAAUUUUCUCUUGCUAAUCACUUUUUUUUAAAGUGGGAUGGAUGGAUGAAGACACAAGGCCCGCUGUUGGCCUGUCGAGGAACCAGUAAUAGUUUGUGAACACUAUAAUGUACUAACUCUCAAGGAACCGAGAGUCUCGUAGGACAACCGAAGUGUUACCUUCUGAUUAUUUACACCAUGUACCAAACACGUGGACUACUGUUUGGUCUAGUGUUCAGCAAGUACUGGUCUGAAGGUGAAAAGAAGAAAGAUUGAAGCAGCGCUACACAACACUUUUCCAGUCUGUGACGAUUCCUUUGUAUCUGCUACUAUUUUGCUUUUGAUUAUUAUUAUUAUUUUUAAGUAAUAUUCUGUUACCGUGUUAAAUACAUCUGAGUAUGUUAUUUUGCAGAUUGAAGGACUGGGUAAAUGAAUUCUCUGCUAUUCCUUUUCAUUAUAGUCAAGAUUAUAUAUUUCAUCUAAUUUUGUAAAUAACUCUUGUUCAUGUAUCAUUUCAUAGAGGUGUCCUGCACACUUUUGUGAUGAGUUAAAUACCCGUAAGCCAGUUUAUCACAUCCACACUGUAACCGCGUAUGUGAAUGUGCUGUCACAGUCCUAUUUAUUGGUACCAGAGUUGUGCUAUCAUGCAACCAUAUGUAUUUUAAAUUAUUAUUGUUGUGAUCAUGUUCCAAAAACACUUUGAUACUGCGGGAUAGACAUUCUUAUGCUUUAUAACAAUAUUAAAAUCUCUAGGGAUGCACUGAUAUAUUGGCCUAUAAUCGGUAUCGGCAAUUGGACAUUGCAGAUUGUUUCAAAACAACCGAUGAUGCAGAUCAAAAGGAGCUGAAAACGGAUCAGAACUCAUGGUCACAAUGACAAGAAAAUUGCAGUUUGUAUGCUCUGCACUUCUAGGAUUUCAUGACAUAUUAAUUUGAAACGAGGAGUAAAAAGCAAGAUUAUUAAAUGUCAUUCUAAGUAAUCGAAUAACUGUAUCAGCACAAAAAUUUAGUUUUGGUGCAUCCCUAACAGUGGCGGCUCGUGACUGCUCAUCCGAGGGGAGCAAAUUCAAAAUAUGUGUUCGGAGUGUCAUGUGCGUUGCUCGUGUUUUCAAAAUAUGUGUUUGUUGCAUCAUGUGAACCGUAUGCAUCAGGUGUUUUGUCAAAAUAAGUGCCUGCUGCAUACGCGUCAAAACAUUUAUGAUAAAAGAAAUGCUCACGUUCACAAAAUACACGCAAGACACUCCCUUAACACUAAACUCUGAUUAUGUGAGUAUCUGGCAAAUGCAAGCUUCUCAUUUAUCAUAAACCCUUUAGACGCGUCGGCAGCAGGCACUUAUUUUGACAAGACAUGUGAUGCGCAUAGGAUCACCAACAUUUUGAACCACACACAUUACGGGCUACAUACAUGUUGUGACGAACUUCACAUCGAUCUCUUUAUUAUUUGGACUUUAUGGCUAAAUCAGCUAUUGUUUUGUAGCUUAGGAUCAGGCCUAGCCCAGACAGCAGAUGACUUCUGGCCGGAUCAGCUCCAGAGCUGCCACCUUUGGAACCAGUCUGGCCCAGAGUCGUUUGCUGUGUGAGUGUUAAGUUUAGGGGAAAUUCUCCCUGUUUGUGUCAAUUUGAUUUAGUGUGGACUUAAAAGUACUGCACACUAAUUGGUAGCUGGAAGCAUCAAUAAGUUAGUAAAAAAAUUGAACGGACAAACUCAUAGGAGGGAGGGAUAUGUGGAACUUUGACAAUGACCAGCGUUCCAAUUCUAUGGGCGUUUUUAGUUCCUGUUAGGUACUUUAGUUUAUCACCAGCAGUUCAAGCCAUCACCAAAAGACAAAAAAUAAAGGACUGGGUUGAACAUUUCACCUAAAUGCAGUUUGUAGUUGAAUUGUUAUUUAAUUCCUUGUUUGUGCAUCAUCUCUUUAUCAGGUGAUUUUAUGUGCGUUUAACCCAUUUAUGUACUAUGUUUAUUUGCAGUGCUAAUGUUGUUUUACACUCACUUUAAUUGUUUGGGAUUGUAUUGUUUUUACAUUUUCACAUUUAAAUGUAGUCGUAUCAGCGUAAGCAUUGCACACACACACACACACACACACACACAAAUGUGCUUAGCAGUGUUUUCCGAUGCAUAAAAAAUAAGUGCCUUAGAUUUACAAAUCCCGGUGAAAAGUGUUGUUUUUCAUUCAUAAAAUGUGAGAAGACUUUCUGUGAAGUUCCUGUUCUUUUGCGUUCCGUUGAAUUUAUUCUGCUUUAUUUUAACACUCAACUUAGUUCUGUUUUAAAACUAUAAGAUUAUUAGAAAUAAAACUUUAUUUAAGUCUAUAAAACUGUACUGUGAUAUGAUAUAUGUGAGCUGUACAUAUUUGAAAGUCUUAUAUUGCUACAUAUAAGUCAUCGAGUUCUGGCCAUGAUUCUGUCACUUUCAUCAUUUUACUGAUAUUUAUAACAAAACAUCCCAAAACCAUAGCAUGCAAUGGUGUGUGAUUAUUCACAAUGAGGAAAGUGACAUAACCUGUGUGUUGUUGUUUUAUGUUAUGAUAUGAACCACUGUGAAUCCUUCGGUGGGAUUUGGUGUGACAAAGGAUUUCCAAUGAUAGUGGAAUGCUGAUUAAAAUGACUUGUAUUGCGAUUUACGAUUAUGUCUUCCUAUGUAAAAUGGAAAUGGAUGUUUUCUAUAUGACACUUUCAUUGUCUUUGCAUAUUAUAAUCAAAAGUCUUUGUUAAUAUUGCACCCAUGUGUUUGAAU